ACAGAAUCCAGUUAGCAUGUUGCUUGUGACACUGGUUAUUUUAGCUGCACUGAAUUGCACUCUAGGACAGGGAGGAUGGUGGAAAAAUGCUGUUUACUACAGAAUCAUGGUGGACUCCUUCAAAGACGGAGAUGGAGACGGUCUGGGAGAUCUUAUAGGCGUGACAAAACAAAUCAGUUACAUACGUGCAAUAGGUGCUGAUGCCGUCAUUAUAUCUCCUAUUUCCUCUAGAAGUAAGGACUGCUCCGCUCCUGGAGUGAUGGACCAUACAGCUAUAGAUAAUAGAUACGGAGACAUGGAUGUCUUUAACGAGUUCUUACAAAAGGCAAAGAGAAUCGAACUUAAAGUUGUAAUAACUUUACCGCUGUCCACAAUUAGUACUGCCUCGGAAUGGUUCAGGUCUAGUGUUGACGGCGUCCCAGAAUAUGAGGAUCACGUCGUCUGGAGACACGGAAACUACGAUACAUCUUCAGAAGAUAAAAAUGUAUCCUGGACAUGGAACGAAAGACGUAACGCUUAUUGGGGAGGUGCGAGCAAUGAGGCUUUGCUGAAUCUCUGCUUAAGCAGUGUAGUUGCCAUCCUAUCUUCAGCACAAUGCGCUUGGCUCCGACGUGGUAUAGACGGAGUACUAAUCAACCCAGAUUACUUGCUAGACCAGAAAUGUGGCGAAGACUUACUGAAGAAACUAGCUGCUGAUUCUUUGAGUUGUAGACGCGGUGCUGGGUUGGACAUGCCAGUAAUUUUAGUAGAGACUUCUCUGAACCCGCUAGAAGCAGCAAGGUAUUAUGGUAACCGAGGACCCGGGGCAAGCAGUAUUGUAAGUGGAGCGAUGACGGAUGUAAGCCAACUGUCAACUACUAAAGUAGGCAUAGACGUACAGUCAGCUCUACUGACUGCCGUAACGGAUUCGGUGCCGACUUGGAUGACAUCAACAAGCAAUGGAAACCAUAUUACCUCACGUAUCGGAACCGACCUGGUCGACGCUGUCAAUCUUUUAGCUUUAAUGCUACCAGGAGCAACCCUCAUACACCAAGGAGACGAACUGGGAGUAGCCGAUACUAUACUGGAAUGGGCAACUUCCACCAACUGUUGGCCCAACCAAGCGUCUCCUUCAUUAACGCCUUUUCCUUGGGACGAAUCAAUCAGCGCUGGUUUUACAACAGGAGAUCCCUGGCUUCCACUGCCUCCGAAUUAUAGAUAUGCUAAUGCAAAGAUGGAAUUUAGUAAUGAAUUCAGUCACGCUGGGGUUUUGAAAGUGGCAGCCGCAUUGAGAAAGUCCCCAGCAAUGGGUCCGCACUCAGAAAUUAAACGGUUGAAUGGUGCAUUAGCUGUGCUGAGGUGGGGAGGUCAAGGAACUCUGCUCGUGAUCUCCAAUCUAGACCGCGACCAAACCGAAGUGCAGCCAUCUAUGAUUCCUGGCCUUCCAACCGAAAUGACUGUCGCCAUCAACUCUGCUGGGUCUAGACUAUCAACAGGGGCUCACGUGGCACUGGAGAAAUCUGUGUCGUUAGCUCCUGGUGAGACGAUACUCCUAAUUGGAGGACCAAGACAUUGCGGAGGACCUGGUCCGGUCGACAAGAUCACUAACAAAUUAACCGAAGGCUGGCAGAAAAUUAAUAAAUAUUUCAGCAAUUUAUAAAACUAACAUUUACUUUAAAUAAAUAUUUGUUUAAUAUGCUAAA